AUGGGGGAAAUAAUUUAAUUGAAUUUUGGAGAUAUUGGAAAUAAUAUUGGUCAUCAAUAUUUAGAGAAAUUGAUAGACGAUCACUAUCUCAAUGAUAAUAUUAUUAAUAAUUAGCAUACAUAAAAAAUACAUGUAUCAUUUGAAGAAUUAAAGAAUUAAUAAUACUAAUUUAGAGGAAUAUUUGAUAAUUCAAGUGAUUGUAUAACUAUUCAUUAUAUUAAAGAAUUUAUUCAUCAAUUAUUGACUUCUCCUGAAUGCCAAUACAUCAAUAAUAAUUUAUUACUUACUAAAAGAAAUAAAAAUAUCUCUGGUACACAUUCAAAUAGUUAAAACUAUUUUAAAGAUUAAAUAUAAGAUGAACUUUUUGAAAAAUUGAGUUAACAUAUAGAAAAAUGUGAUAAAUUUUUUGGAUGUAACUUCAAUCAUUCUACUUUUGAUAAUUCUUCAGGAUAAUCAGCUUAAGCAAUAAAUUAAUAUCGAGAGAGAUUUCCAGAUAAAUUUUGUAGUUCUUUUUCAUUGAUACCAAAUAUCAUAAGUACGAAUGCAAUAGAAAUAUACAAUAUGACUUUUUCAUUGCAUCACCUAAUUGAGAAUACAGAUGUCGUAAUGUUAUUUGAUUAUGGAGCUUUGGAAAAAUAAUUACAAAAGCUAAAUUAAUUAUGCACUAUCUAAAAUAGCAAUAAAAUUAUAGCUGAAUGUAUAUUAUAAGCGAAUAGUUCUUAACGUUUUCCAGGAUAUUAGAAUGGAGAUUUCAGAAAGAUUGCAACUAAUUUAAUACCAUUUCCACGUCUACACUUUUUUACAUGUGCCUUUUCUCCAUUUAAAAUUAAUUCUGAUUGGAAUUCUUAGUUAAAAAUAUUAAGUAUACCUGAAAAUACAUAUCUAACAUUUCAUAAUAUAACAAGAAAUUUAUAUCUUGCUUAAUCGUUAAUUACUAGAUGUAAUACAAAUUAUUUAGAUUUCCACUAAGUUUUAUCAAAUUUAGAAAAUAAAACACCCUGGAUACCUUAUGGUAUUCUUCACCUAAAUUGUAAAGUUGAAAAUAGAAACCUAGGAAAAACGGUUAUGCAUAUAGGAAAUCAUAAGGAUUUGGGCAAAAAUUUUCAAAUCCAUACUGAGAUAUAUACACAAUUUUUUAGAAGAAAAGCUUUUUUGCAUUAUUAUCUUUAAGAUGGUAUGGAUGAAAUGGAGUUUGUAGAAGCUGAAUCAAAUCUCAAUGACUUUGUUUCUGAGUAUUAAGAAUAUUGUUGUCAAGCAUAUUAUGAUGAAGAAGAAUAUUAUGAAGAAGAGUAAUAUUGA